AUGUCCCGCCUGCCCCGCUCCCCGCCCCCUUUUCCCUGGGCAGCUGGCUCUGGGGGCGGUGGUCAGGGGGCCCUGGGCUGGCUCUGGGGCGCCCGGUGGAGCCUCUGUGGAGCCUCUGGGCCCAUUAAGCCCAAGCGCAAAGGUCAAACCGAUUCAACCACAGAUUCUGGAACUUCUAUUACCACAAAUGUUGUAGGGUCUACUGGGGGCUCUACCACCACUCCAGAUGCAGGAGGCUCUACCACCACUCCAGAUGCAGGAGGCUCUACCACCACUCCAGAUGCAGGAGGCUCUACCACCACUCCAGAUGCAGGAAGCUCUACCACCACUCCAGAUGCAGGAGGCUCUAAUACCACUCCAGAUGCUGGAGGCUCUACCACCACUCCAGAUGCAGGAGGCUCUACCACAACUCCAGAUGCAGGAAGCUCUACCACCACUCCAGAUGCAGGAAGCUCUAACACCACUCCAGAUGCUGGAGGCUCUACCACCACUCCAGAUGCAGGAGGCUCUACCACCACUCCAGAUGCAGGAAGCUCUAACACCACUCCAGAUGCUGGAGGAUCUACCACCACUCCAGAUGCAGGAGGCUCUACUACCACUCCAGAUGCAGGAGACUCUACCACCACUCCAGAUGCAGGAGGCUCUACCACCACUCCAGAUGCAGGAGGCUCUACCACCACUCCAGAUGCAGGAGGCUCUACCACCACUCCAGAUGCAGGAGGCUCUACCACCACUCCAGAUGCAGGAGGCUCUACCACCACUCCAGAUGCAGGAGGCUCUACCACCACUCCAGAUACAGGUGGCUCUACCACCACUCCAGAUGCAGGAGGCUCUACCACCACUCCAGAUGCAGGAGGCUCUAACACCACUACAGAUGCUGUAGGCUCUACCACCACCACAGAUGUAGGGGGCUUUACCACCACUACAGAUGCAAGAGGCUCUACCACCACCAUAGAUGCUGGAGGGUCUACCACCACUACAGAUGCCCGAGGCUCUACUACCACUGGGACGACUGAAAAACAUAGCCUUUCAGCCAUGACAAACUUUACCUGGUACACUAAAUAUACUGACAUGACCCUGUUGACAUUUGAAAGAAUAUUUAAUGCCUCUGACUAUGGACAGACUGUCAUUCAUAAAGUAAGCCCAUCUGUUUCAACAAGAUAUAGCAUGCAUGUUUCAGGGAGCAUUGACAUAACACUAGUGAACAUUUUAAACAAAGCCACCAAACUAACUGAAGAUGACGUGUCUAGAAAAAUUACAGCAGCAGUUGAGAAAGAGUACCCAAAGACUGCAUCAUUUAAAGUAUCUCUGUACUCUGAUGCCAUGUAUGCCUCUAUAGACACUAGCAAAGAUCUGAUGACAGCUCACAUUGGCCAUGAGGCCAAGAUCUGGCAAGCACUUGGAGGAAAAACUCUGUGUGAUUAUUAUGGUUGUGAAGAGGAUAACAGCAGCAACUGUUCUGAUAGUUUUAAAUGUGUUUGCAAGUUUGGAAUGUACAGACCUAACCCACAAGCUUCUCAUUGUGUUCUGCUCCUCAUCUAUCAGAACUCUACAAAGGAUGCUCACUCAGAGGAAAGUGGAAGGUGUGCAUUUGGCUACAGUGGAGAAAACUGUCAAGACCAGUUUCAGCUUAUUCUCACCAUUGUGGGCACCGUUGCUGGCAUCUGUAUUCUCGCCAUGGUCAUCAAGUUGAUCAUCACAAGGGUGAGCUCGAGUAGCAAUAAAAGGGAAGAUGAAAGACAUGCCUUGGUUGAGAAUGACUUUCAGAACAUGGCACUUCAGCAGACAGAAUUUUCUAAAGCCUGCACAAAUGGACGCCUCUUCCCUAAAGCCUGCAUCACUCCCUCCAACCAAUUACAAAAUUCCUACAACAGUUACUCUAGGAACACCAGAGACAUCCCCUACCCUGACUAUUAG